UAUCUGACAGCUCAGGCUCUGGAGAGAGAAGUCACUGACAGAACGCAUGAAGGCUGCUGCUGCACACAGAAUGGAUGACAGAUCUGUGGAAGAGAGCUGAAUGCCUAAUAAAUGCCUUAAAGAUGUGCACUGGCCUGCACGCAGUCCUGCUCUGCCAGCAGUGAAACUCGGGUAACUGCAGCAGCCCGCUGCUCGUAUCGUCCCAGGUCAGAAUCAGCGGCACGUCGUCGUCCCCCUCCGCCAUCCCGCGAUGAGAGGACCGCAGUUUUAGGGGACACAAAAAACCUCUAAUGAUGGGCUCAAAAUCAGACGCCGUCCCUCCUGAAGACAGACUAUCAGAUGCAGCCACCCUUCCAAACAAAACUAAAGCAGACUACUUAAAGACCAUCAACCCCUCCAGGAAGACACUGUCAUCUCUGGAAGCAAAGCUUAUAUUUGGGGUACUAGAUGAGUGCAUUCAUCAGAUGGAGAUAGUCUCUCUUCUACCCACUUUGCUGAGCUCUCCAGAAGCACUUUCCCAGAGUCUUGGAGAGGAAGUGGUCCAUGCCCUGAAAGAGCACCAGAGGCUUGGGGAAAAGUACCAAGCUAUGGUGCUUGAUGCGAGCUUUGAGCAAAGUGAACUAAAGGAACAAUUAGCCAAAUCGACAAAAGCAGUUCAGGACUCCUUUCAUAACAUUAUGCGGCUACUUAGGGCAACUCCGACCACAAGGGAGGUGCUAAAAGGCAUAGAACCCAACACAGUGGGAGAGAUGGAGACUCAGAAACUGAAAGAGGGUCUGUGUGAGUUGAGAGAGAUUGUUUUGGAGAGGCUUCUCACUACACCUGCAGAGGAGAGAGAACGCAGAGAGAUGAUGCUUGAAGUCAGUCUACGUCACUCUGCCAACCAGGAGCUGAUAGACUCACUGGAAAAAGAGGUUGCCAGUGCAAUAAAAGACAAGGAUACAGAGAUCUCCACGUUGAAUAAUAAAGUGCACCAGCUGAGAAACUCACUGCAUCAGAUGGAAAAAGGUUUGGAGGACUUCAUCGUCCGAACUCAACAGGAUGCUGAGAAACAGAGCCAAUCAGACACAAAAACUUCAGAGGGGAAGGGAGCUCGUUUGCAGCAGGAGGCCAGUCAACUGAGAGCUCAGCUCAAUAAUGUGACUGAAGAGGACAGAAAGAGAGAACUGGCACUACGAAAGAAAAAAUACAAGGAGGAAACAGAGAUUGAGAACUGGAUCCAGAAAUAUGAUACUGAAAUUGGAGAGAAACAGACAGAACUGGAGGAAAUGACACGCAUGUAUGAAGCAGACAUGGCAGAGCUGAGAGCGCUGGAGGAACAUUCUGCAGUUCUGGACCUGGAGUACUCCCAGAUUAUGGAGGAGCGACAGGAGGCUCAGAAGCAGAGGGAACAACAGCAAAGAGAAAGAGAGAUGCAGAGCCAAGCUGCCACUGUCAUUCAGGCCCACUGGAGAGGCUUUUGUGUACGCAAGGCCAUGAAGGCCAACGCAAAGCCCAAGAAAGGGAAGAAAGGAAAGGGGAAAAAAGGGAAAUGAAAGAAAGCAUGAAAGCAUGGUGCAAGAUUAUCAACAAUAUUAUUUACGUUAUUAGAUCAAUAAAAUGGAAAAAAAAAACACUGUGACUGUGAGACUCAUGAAGCAUUCAAGUGUUGUUGUACAGUUGUUAACCAGAUAUUUACCCUGAUUUCUUUCAAAUCUGUUCAUUUUUGAAAUUUUGAAAGUUGUGUAGUGUAUUCCAGUUUAUAGAAACAAUGGCUGUAUCUGAAACCUGAAAACUGCUGCCUACACAGUAUAUGGAGGAAGAAAUGAAGACAUGUCCGAAUCCAAUGAAUAUAUUUUGAUAUCUCACAUAUCUGAAUCCAAUAAUAAUAUUUCAUUGAUUAUUAAAGAGGAAACCCUUUUAAUUAAACAUCCCUUUAAUCUCCAUGUCCCUGUACAAUAUUCCUGGUGUCCCUCCCACCCCAGUGCACAACAAUCCCGUACGAUCCUCAAG